UCGGUCAGCUUGCUUAACCUGCUGGUACCAACAACACACUGCCUUAGCCGAACUCUCCAGAGUGGAUUUCUCUCAACAGAAAGCGGCUUCUUCUGCGGGGUUGGCGUGGAAAUGGCAAGCGAGAAACCGGUGGCAAUGCCGGACUCGCUGUCGCUCUCGGACCGUCAACCUGCUCCAGGUCACGGGCGUCGCGGAGCUGCGGUCCCCGCUGCUGCCACCGGGAAGCCAAUGAUGUUGUCCGGCUCAGGUUCAGUGGUCCUCCCGGCAGGCAUGAUCAACCCUGCGGUUCCUAUCCGGAAUAUCAAGAUGAAAUUUGCUGUUCUUAUUGGACUCAUCCAGGUCGGCGAGGUUUCCAACCGGGAUAUUGUGGAGACGGUGCUCAAUCUGUUGGUGGGGGGAGAGUUUGACCUGGAGACAAACUUCAUUAUUCAGGAUGCUGAGAGCAUUGGCUGCAUGGUGGAGCUGUUGGAACACUGUGAUGUCACCUGCCAGGCUGAGAUCUGGAGCAUGUUCACUGCCAUUCUUCGAAAAAGUGUUCGAAAUCUGCAGACGAGCACUGAAGUGGGACUCAUCCAACAGGUGCUGCUCAAAAUGAGCUCAGUGGAUGACAUGAUUGCAGACUUACUCGUGGAUAUGUUGGGUGUAUUGGCCAGCUACAGCAUCACAGUGAAAGAACUGAAGUUGCUCUUCAGCAUGCUCCGAGGAGAAGGUGGCCUUUGGCCAAAGCAUGCAAUCAAAAUGCUGUCGGUGUUAAAUCAGAUGCCACAGAGACAUGGUCCGGACAUCUUCUUCAACUUUCCUGGCCGCAGCGCAGCAGCAAUUGCUUUACCUCCCAUUGCUAAGUGGCCUUAUCAGAGCGGGUUUACAUUCAACACUUGGUUCAGAAUGGAUCCUUUGAAUAAUAUCAAUGUAGACAAGGACAAACCAUAUCUCUACUGCUUUCGCACCAACAAAGGCAUUGGCUAUUCUGCGCAUUUUGUCGGAAAUUGUUUGAUUGUCACAUCGUUGAAGUCCAAAGGCAAAGGCUUCCAGCACUGUGUGAAGUAUGACUUUCAGCCCAGGAAGUGGUAUAUGAUCAGCAUAGUUCACAUCUACAGCCGCUGGAGGAACAGUGAAAUCAGAUGCUAUGUAAACGGACAGCUCGUUUCUUAUGGGGACAUGGCAUGGCACGUCAACACAAAUGAUAGCUAUGAUAAGUGCUUCCUCGGGUCUUCAGAAACAGCCGAUGCAAACAGAGUGUUCUGUGGGCAGCUAGGAGCUGUCUACGUAUUCAGUGAAGCUCUCAAUCCGGCACAGAUUUUUGCAAUUCAUCAGCUAGGACCAGGCUAUAAGAGUACAUUUAAGUUCAAGUCAGAGAGUGAUAUCCACUUAGCAGAGCAUCACAAGCAGGUGUUGUACGACGGCAAAUUGGCAGGCUCUAUCGCCUUCACCUAUAACGCCAAGGCCACUGACGCACAGCUUUGCCUGGAGUCCUCACCUCGUGAAAACGCCUCUAUCUUUGUGCACUCACCGCACGCCCUUAUGCUUCAGGAUGUGAAAGCCACAGUUACACACUCCAUCCACAGUGCCAUCCACUCUGUUGGUGGUAUCCAGGUACUCUUUCCACUUUUUGCUCAGUUGGACUUUCAUCAGUCGAAGGACAGCCAGGUGGAAACUACAGUCUGUGCCACUCUCCUAGCCUUUUUGGUUGAGCUGUUGAAGAGUUCUGUGACCAUGCAGGAGCAGAUGCUGGGAGGAAAAGGCUUUUUAGUGAUUGGAUACUUGCUAGAGAAGUCUUCUCGUGCACACAUCAGCAGGGCUGUUUUAGAGCAGUUCCUUUCCUUUGCAAAGUAUCUCGACGGCCUGCCACAUGGAGCGCCUCUGCUGAAACAGCUGUGUGAUCACAUCCUGUUUAAUGCAGCCAUUUGGAUCUAUACCCCAGCCAAGGUUCAGCUUUCAUUAUAUACAUACCUUUCUGCUGAAUUCAUUGGCACAGCUACCAUCUACAACACAAUCCGUCGGGUUGGUACAGUCCUUCAGCUCAUGCAUAUGCUGAAAUACUACUACUGGGCCUCCAAUCCCACAGGCAGCAGUGGCAUCACUCCAAAGGGAUUAGAUGGGCCUAGGCCAACCCAGAAAGAGGUAAUCUCUCUGCGGGCGUUCAUGCUUCUCUUCCUCAAACAACUCAUUCUGAAGGAUCGGGGUGUGAAGGAGGAUGAAUUGCAGAGCAUUCUCAACUAUUUGCUAACAAUGCAGGAGGAUGAAAACCUGCAUGAUGUGUUGCAGUUGGUGGUAGCUCUCAUGUCUGAGCAUCCAGCUUCCAUGAUCCCUGCUUUUGACCAGAGAAAUGGAAUACGGGUAGUCUACAAGCUCUUGGCCUCUAAGAGUGAAAAUAUUCGUGUACAAUCCCUCAAAGUACUUGGAUAUUUUCUGAAGCAUUUGGGACACAAAAGGAAGGUGGAAAUCAUGCACACACACAGCCUUUUUACUCUUCUGGGCGAGAGGCUUAUGCUGCACACCAACACUGUGUCUGUUACAACUUACAACACCCUUUAUGAGAUUUUGACAGAGCAGGUGUGCACACAGGUAGUUCACAAACCUCAUCCUGAGCCUGACUCCACUGUCAAGAUUCAGAAUCCAAUGAUUCUCAAGGUUGUAGCAAAUCUACUGAAGAGCUCCACCCCAGGCACAGAACUGAUGGAGGUUCGGCGACUCUUCCUUUCAGAUAUGAUCAAACUCUUCAGCAGCAGUCGAGACAACAGACGAUGUCUGUUGCAGUGCUCUGUAUGGCAAGACUGGAUGUUUUCUCUCGGCUACAUUAACCCCAAAAACUCAGAAGAACAGAAAAUGACUGAGAUGAUGUACAACAUAUUCCGUAUUCUUCUUUAUCAUGCCAUCAAGUAUGAAUGGGGAGGAUGGCGUGUGUGGGUGGACACUCUCUCUAUAGCCCAUUCUAAGGUGACAUAUGAGGCGCACAAAGAAUAUUUAGCCAAGAUGUAUGAAGAGUACCAACGUCAGGAGGAGGAGAACAUAAAGAAAGGGAAGAAAGGUUUAGUCAGCACCAUCUGUGGUCUCUCUGCUCAGACCUCAAACAUCAAAGGUGUGAUUGAGAUCGGAGAAAUUGAUGAUCAUUCCCAGACCCCCGACAGCGAGGCAGACUAUGAGAGUGCCGAUUCGCGCAACCUGCUGACUGAAGGGAAGGGGUCUGAGGGAGACUUCGGGGGAUCUGAGAAUACAUUAGAUGGGGUCAGAGUUGCAGUUCAUGACCUUCUUGUGGACAUCAAAGCUGAAAAGGUGGAAGCUACAGAGGUGAAGAUGGAUGACACAGAGCUGUCUUCUGAGACAGUGGGAGUGCCUGAGAACGGGCCUCUGGUUGAGGUGGAUUCUCUGUUGGAUAAUGUUUACUGUGCCGUUGUGAGGAAGCUCGACAAUAAUGUCAGCAGUAUGUUGAUGCCAAAGGGCAGCAUGAAUGACCAGAAUGCUGCCCCUCUCAUUACACUGGAUGAUGAGAAGGAUGACAUCCCUCACAGUAACAAUUUCCUGUUUGGCAAGGUGACGGGCAGCACUGAGGACAAUCUCCUACCGGAUCUGAACCUAGCCGAGCCUCUGGUCCUGCCGAGUUCAGAGCUUCCUGAUCACGCUGGAUCCAGGGAUGAAAUUGGCCUUCUGGCUCACAUGACAGGCAGCUCCUUACCCAGCAUCUUAGUAAACGAGGAGUUUGAACUCAAAAAAGUGCUUGAAAACAUGAACUCAGAACCUGAAGGCUUUUCCAAAAUCCCGCAGACCUCUGAUGGUACAACAGAAUUUGAAGGGGAAUUGCUGGCUGAUAAGACGAAUGGUGCAGUAGAGACGAGGAGCAACGCCUCCGAGACUGCAAGAUCAGAUGAUGGCAAAGACAAGGAGAUGAAAAAGAUUCAGACAACAGCCACAACACAGGGUGUGCAUGGACGCCCAGUCUCUCAGCUGGAAAAGGACAUACGAGCGGACCUUGGCUUUAGGGCCGUCCCCAUAACAGAGGAACAGCGACAUCAGUUCAGCCCUGGUCCCCGCACUACAAUGUUCCGCAUUCCAGAGUUCAAAUGGUCACCCAUGCACCAGAGACUGCUCACUGACCUGCUAUUUGCUCUGGAGAGUGAUGUCCAUGCCUGGAGAAGCCACUGCACCAAAUCUGUCAUGGACUUUGUUAAUAGCAAUGAAAACAUAAUUUUUGUCCACAACACCAUCCAUCUCAUCUCCCAAAUGGUAGACAACAUAAUCAUCGCCUGUGGAGGGAUUUUGCCCCUUCUUUCUGCGGCCACCUCUCCCUCUACUGAGUUGGAGAACAUUGAGGCGACGCAGGGCAUGUCCUCAGAGACUGCCAUUACUUUCUUGUCUCGUCUCAUGGUUAUGGUGGACGUUUUGGUGUUUUCGAGCUCCUUGAACUUCAGCGAGAUCGAGGCUGAGAAGAACAUGUCCUCUGGUGGUUUGAUGCGCCAGUGCCUCCGACUGGUCUGUUGUGUGGCUGUUAGGAACUGUCUGGAGUUUAGACAGAGGCACAACAACAGGACUCAGGAAAUCUUGCAGAAUGCUGUGACCUGCAAGACAUCCGGGGAAACUGGCCCUACUAACCUGUCUCCAAUCAAAGAUCCUGAUCGGCUGCUGCAGGAUGUGGACAUCAACAGACUGCGAGCUGUUGUGUUUCGUGAUGUGGAUGACAGUAAACAAGCCCAGUUCUUGGCUUUGGCUGUGGUGUACUUCAUCUCUGUCCUCAUGGUUUCCAAAUACCGUGACAUCCUUGAGCCUCAGUGUGAGCCUGGGAAGAUGAGUUGUCAGUUAGGCCGCAGUGUACGCCAGGAGAUCAAUUCACCGACCAGCAAAGAAACACCACUGUCAUUCACAAGCAGUAAGGAGAUUUUUUUGCCAUCUGAAGACCUUCAGAUAGAAACCUCUUUACCCCACACAGACUCUGGGAUUGGGGAUGAGCAGGUAGCCAGCAUCCUUAAUGGGUCUGGCCUGGAUCACAAAGUGGGAGGAGUUUGUGCUGUGAAUGAGCUCAUUUCUACACUUUCCUCUGAGGUGAAGAAGUCCCAAGAGAUUCUGUCUGAGCCCUCUAAUGUCGAGGUGCUCAAGUCGUCCUCCUCCGUCAUCAGCAUUAGUCAGUCCAAGAAAGGUAUUAAUGUCAAGGAGAUUUUGAAGAGCUUGGUUGCCGCCCCGUUGGAGGGUGUGGAGGCUGGACUUGAGCCAGUGUCCUUCCCAGACUGUGCUGCAAAGGCCCAGGCUGUGCUGCCGGUACAGUUUCAGUCCUUUGACAGGAGUGUGGUGGUUCCUGUGAAGAAAACCUCCCCUGGCAGCUUUGCGGUCAACACACUGGGGUCCAGCAGCACCAGCACCUCCCCUGGGCUUUCGAGCUGCAGCACCCCGAACAUCUUUGCCGCUGCCUCUGCAACCCCUAAAAGCAUGAUCAACACCACCGGCGCCGCUGAGGCAGCCUCCGCCUCUGCAUCGUCUUCCACCAGUUUUGUCAAUGGCGCAACGAGUAAAAAUCUCCCUGCCGUGCAAACCGUGGCCCCCAUGCCUGAAGACACAGUCGAAAAUAUGAGCAUCACUACAAAAUUAGAGAGAGCAUUGGAGAAAGUGGCUCCCUUGUUGAGAGAAAUCUUUGUGGACUUUGCACCCUUUCUGUCACGGACUCUGCUGGGCAGCCAUGGACAAGAGUUACUAAUCGAAGGUCUCGUAUGUAUGAAGUCAAGCACCUCAGUAGUGGAGCUCGUCAUGCUUCUUUGUUCUCAGGAGUGGCAGAACUCCAUUCAGAAGAAUGCUGGCCUCGCUUUCAUUGAGCUAAUAAAUGAAGGAAGGUUGCUGUGCCAUGCCAUGAAGGACCACAUCGUUCGAGUUGCCAAUGAGGCUGAAUUCAUCCUGAACAGACAGCGAGCUGAGGACGUCCACAAACAUGCAGAGUUUGAGUCCAGCUGUGCACAGUAUGCUGCAGACAGGAAAGAAGAAGAGAAGAUGUGUGACCACCUGAUAAGUGCUGCUAAGCAUAGAGAUCAUGUCACAGCCAAUCAACUGAAGCAGAAGAUUGUCAACAUCCUCACCAACAAGCAUGGGGCCUGGGGUAUACCGUGCCAGAGUCAGCUGCAUGACUUCUGGCGUCUUGACUACUGGGAAGAUGACCUGCGGCGGAGGAGGAGGUUUGUCCGAAACCCAUUUGGCUCCACCCACUUGGAUGUAGCAUGCAAGUCCUCACAAGAAUAUGCCUUACAGGAAGAAAAGAUUGUGAAGUCCAAGUUAGUUUUCCGGAGCCCAACUUUGGCCAGUCAGAACCCAGAGACAGAACUGGUCCUGGAUGGAGAAGACGAUAACGUCAGCCUGCUCCAUGAGAAGGAGAUGGACAACGUUGGCGGUCCGGUGGUCCUGAGCAGCUCGGCCCAGCUUGUCGCCCCGGUCCUGGUCGCCCGCGGAACUCUGUCCAUCACCACCUCUGAGAUCUACUUUGAGGUGGACGAGGAUGACCCCGCCUUCAAACGGGUCGACCCGAAGGUCUUGGUGUACACAGAUGGUUUGCAUGGCAAAUGGAUGUUCAGUGAGAUUCGGGCAGUCUUUUCCAGGCACUACCUUCUGCAGAAUACUGCAAUGGAGGUUUUCAUGGCUAAUAGAACGUCUGUCAUGUUCAACUUUCCGGACCAAGCCACAGUAAAAAAGGUUGUCUAUUGUCUCCCUCGAGUAGGAGUGGGCACUAGCUAUGGACUUCCACAAGCGAGACGGAUCUCCCUGGCAACCCCUCGGCAGCUUUUCAAAUCCUCAAACAUGACCCAGCGCUGGCAGAGGAGAGAAAUCUCCAACUUUGAAUAUCUGACGUUUCUCAACACCAUAGCUGGGAGGACAUAUAAUGACCUGAACCAGUACCCAGUCUUCCCCUGGGUUCUCACCAACUAUGACUCAGAGGAGCUGGACUUGACCCUUCCAGGGAACUUCAGAGAUCUCUCCAAGCCUGUUGGUGCAUUGAAUCCAAAGCGUGCAGCGUUUUACUCCGAACGCUAUGAGUCAGGAGAAGAAGACCAGACACCUCCCUAUCAUUACGACUCCCACUACUCCACUGCUGCCACCACUCUGCAUUGGCUCGUCAGAAUAGAGCCCUUCACCACGUUCUUCCUCAGUGCCAACGAUAACAAAUUCGACCAUCCUGAUCGCACAUUUUCUGCCAUCACACGCUCUUGGAGAAACUGUCAAAGAGACACGUCGGAUGUAAAAGAACUGAUUCCCGAGUUCUACUAUCUCCCAGAGAUGUUUGUUAACAGCAAUGGCUACCAUUUAGGAAUGAGGGAAGAUGGAACCAUGAUCUGUGAUGUGGACUUGCCAGCCUGGGCCAAGAAGCCUGAAGACUUUGUUCGGAUAAACAGGAUGGCCCUGGAAAGCGAGUUUGUGUCAUGUCAGCUGCAUCAGUGGAUUGACCUUAUUUUCGGCUACAAGCAGCGAGGGCCAGAAGCGGUGCGUGCCCUCAACGUAUUUCACCACCUGACUUAUGAGGGCUCCGUCAGCUUGGACAGUAUUGCUGACCCUUUGCUCAGAGAGUUUCCCCUCCAUAAAUCAUCCUUCAUUGAGGCCACAGAGGCGCAGAUCCAGAGCUUUGGACAGACGCCAUCUCAGUUGCUUAUCGAGCCACAUCCUCCACGCAGCUCCGCCAUGCACCUGUGUUUCCUUCCGCAGAGUCCUCUCAUGUUCAAGGACCAGAUGCAGCAGGACGUCAUCAUGGUGUUAAAGUUUCCAUCCAAUUCACCGGUUACGCAUGUGGCUGCCAACACCCUGCCCCAUCUCACCAUUCCAGCCGUGGUCACCAUCACCUGCAGCCGCUUAUUUGCCGUCAAUCGAUGGCACAACACUGUUGGUCUCCGUGGAGCACCAGGCUAUUCUCUGGAACAGGCCCAUCAUCUCCCUAUAGAGAUGGAUUCUCUGGUUGCCAACACUACUGGCAGCAACAAGCGUCAGAUCACAGACCUAGUGGACCAAAGCAUCCAAAUCACCACACACUGUUUUGUGGUGACAGCUGACAACCGCUACAUCCUGGUGUGUGGCUUCUGGGACAAGAGCUUCCGUGUGUACUCCUCUGAGACAGGCAAGCUGACCCAGAUCAUUUUUGGCCACUGGGAUGUGGUGACAUGUCUGGCCAGAUCAGAGUCGUACAUCGGAGGCGAUUGCUACAUUGUUUCUGGGUCUCGGGAUGCUACCCUGCUGCUUUGGUACUGGAGUGGGCGGCACCACAUUAUUGGUGACAACCCCAAUCACGGUGACUACCCAGCUCCACGAGCAGUUCUGACUGGUCAUGACCAGGAAGUUGUGUGUGUGUCCGUCUGCGCAGAGCUGGGCCUUGUCAUCAGUGGAGCAAAAGAGGGUCCUUGUCUGGUCCACACCAUAACCGGGGACCUUCUACGGGCCCUGGAGGGGCCAGACGACUAUCAGUGCCCACGGCUCAUCUCAGUGUCCAGUGAGGGUCACUGCAUCAUCUAUUAUGAGAGAGGCCGCUUCUGCAACUUCAGCAUAAAUGGAAAACUGCUGGCACAGAUGGAGGUCAAUGAUUCUACCAGGGCAAUUCUCUUGAGCAGUGAUGGACACAACCUUGUGACAGGUGGAGACAACGGUGUGGUGGAAGUGUGGCAAGCUUGUGACUUCAGACAACUCUACAUCUACCCCGGCUGUGAUGCAGGCAUCCGAGCCAUGGAUCUAUCACACGAUCAAAGGACCUUGAUCACUGGCAUGGCUUCUGGCAGCAUUGUGGCAUUCAACAUAGAUUUCAACAGAUGGCACUAUGAGCACCAAAACAGGUACUGACCAGAUGAAACUUCCAACAUAAUGGUUGUUAAAAAAAAAAAAAAAAAAAAAAAAAAAAAAAAAAAAAACUGCUAACCUGUGACUGUGGUGAGCAGAAGAGGAUCCAAGUAGCAAAGAAGGGAUCAAUCAGGGGAAGAACAUCAAAUAUUUGUAUGUUCAUCUGACCUCAGAGGCAACCACAUUCUGAUUUAUCUGCUGCUGUACAAUCUGGACACAUUGUUUUAUUAUUGUACCUUAACACCAGCUAAAGUCUUGUAGAACUGAGACAAGUGGGACUGUUGUGAUUAUGGAGAAACUGAGGUAAUGUAUGCACAGAUAUUAAAUUCUAAAUGUUUCCCUUUUAAACUGGAACAAAGUAAAGAAUAUUUUACCUAAUAUAAAUAAUAAUUUGACAAAUAUUUGGAAACAAUGUGAAGAAAAAGACCUAAAUGCUGGUGGCAUAACAUUUUUGUUAACUGUAAAAUCUUAAUAUGUAAAUGCUGUGGGACAAGCCAAUGAAAUGAGCGAUGCCAUUGUGCAAGCCAUGAAUUAAUGUAGUCAUCACCUUAAACAUUUGUUAGUAACUUGUAUAAAGCUGCUGUGUGCACCUAAACAAAGGUUAAUUUGUACGUUUGUGAAAAGACUAAAUGUUCAUAUAUUUGUUGUUCGUUAAUAUGGGAAAGUGAGUUUUAAUGUAAUCUUGGUCCUUUGUGAUAAAUGUUUUUAAUAUGCCAGCAACAUUUAAAUGUGACAUUGCCUUGGUUUUUUAUGCUUUUAAGUAGAACUGUUAGUUUACAUUUUUUGUUCAAAAGAUGGCUCAAAAAAAUUAAAUGCCAAAUUUGUUAGGUGGUAUUUUUUUUAUUUCUGUUUGUAACAAAACUGACACUUUGAAAAUGUCAUUUUAAUGACCAUGUUAUUAAUAGUGCAUUCGAUAUCAGUUCUGUUAUUUAAAACCUUUGUAUUUUGUAUUUUUUUUUGCACAAAUGUUUUUAUCAUGUUAAUUCACAACCUGCUCGUACUGUCAAUCUGUACUCUUAUAAGCAAUACUUUUUUUUCUGAAUAGAUUUAAGGUUUUCUGUUACUUGACCUUAGUUAUUGAUGCAGAUAAAUUGCUCUAUUUUAGUAUAUUGAUUAAAGCUAUUAAAGCAUUACUAUGCUGUUUAUCUGUCAAUCUAUAUCAACAAAAAUAUGCAAAUUAAUAACUUUUGGUUUGUUUAUAAGCACAGGUCUAACAUAAAACCAAUCUACCUAAAGCUAUAAUUUUGCAUGCUAAUAUAUUAAGGCGGCAUUGGGUUUACUUUGUGUUCACGUAAAACUUGUUUCAAAAAACAAUCUGUUUUUAACUUAAAAAGCAGUGACUAAAUUUUAUGUAGUGUUUUAAUAUUCAUGCAGUGUUUUAAUAUUCCAGCUGUGCCAUGUCAUUUUCAUAUGAUUUAAUUUAAAUGCAACAUAUUUGGAAAUUGUAAUUGCAUUAAAAAAAAAUUAUGGACCUGAGACAACUCAUGUAGUGUUUCUUUAAAUAAAUGUAAAUUGUAAAUCUGAAAUACAAAGGGUGGAUUUUUCUGGAAUAGUGUUUGGUUAUGCUGCCAUCUGCUGUCUGAACAUGGACCUCCUGAGAUCAGUUUACUUUUUUUUCAGCUUUUUGUUUUUCAGAACAAGUCUUUUUUGUUUCUUUAUUACAGUAAUACUUUUCAAGUGGCAAGUCAUGAGGCACCUAAAUAUUUUCACAUUAAGAAAACCUAUUCACCAUUAAUAAAAACGUUUCUUCACUAA